UGUUCUGUUUGCGCCACAGUUAAGUGGUGUUACGUUCCUGUGCGACUGAUAGUUUUCUCUGUUGUGAGAACCGCAGCUAAACAUAUUGUCACACUACAGGUCGGGAACAAGAAGUGCUUCUGUAACAGCCAUGACUCUACCACGAAUCCUCAUCCUGCUUUUCAUCACAGUUGCAGCAGCAUCGCGACACCUACAGAAGAGAGACUGGGUUCCUUCCAGCGACUGGGCUCGGUGUGCGGAGCUUGAGCAGCAGGCGCUAGGCAACCUCACCAGUAUGAGGCUGAUAAUGCGAGGCGACGGUUUCACCACUUUGGUUACCAAUGGUACCCUGAAUCUAGACUGCUCAUCAGCGACAUUGGAAGGGAACAGAAAAUUGAGUGAUGAGGCUUGGGAUGUGUGCGUGAGUAGCACGGACACAGAUAUUACCAUCUUCACCAGCGGUUACAGCCACAUCUGCAACAAUCAAGAAGCCUUCAUCCAGUCGGAGGCCUGUCUGAGCAGCGGUGCCCCAGUAGAGGCGAGACGUAGUUGUCACAUCGACACCACAGAUUAUGAAAGAAGAUGCCGUGAAGAACCUGUUUGCAAUGAAAACAACCUCCAACUCAGAAGUGAGUGUUCCGGACAAAUAGCAUCUCUUCUACGACACAUGGCUGCCAUUGAGUUCGGGCCCUUCAUGGACGUCAAUUACUGUAUUUACCGAGUAUUCUGAAUCACCAUUGGUUUCAGUUUUUUCCCCGAAAACGUUCCGAUUGUCUUGGCAAAGCUAUCUGUACACGUCUACCGACACGAAUAACACAAGUCAACCCAGAGCAUUUGGAACUACAUGUAGUUGUAUAACAUACACGCACGUUCCUCUUUGCAGAAUAUACCCUUUUCUCAACACUU